AUGGACUCGACUCCGGCUGCCGAAGUCCACCCACCUGGCGCAACUUCCGUCACCGAGAAGAGCCACCCGCCUGCCGAGCCAACAACAACAUCCACUUCACCUGCCAUCGAGAAACCUGUGAUCCAAGAACCAGCUACCGAAGAAAAGUCCGCGACCACCGCUGAUCCGUCUGCAACAAUUGCGCAAGUAGCGAGCACGCCGGCGUCAGCUCCGCCCAAGCCGGAGGACGAAGACGAUACGGUGACGAAGGUCCUCAGGUUUCUCUCUACCGCGACGCCAGAAACCCUCGGCGCCAUCGCAGUCGGCCUGGCCGCUUCGACUUACUUCGUCCUUGGAAAGGUUGGACUUGUGCUUAUCGGCGCAUUUGGCGGCGUUGUAACCUUCAUUGCAUAUGAAGCCCGCCAUCCAGAGGUCGGCCGGGCCGUCCGGGGCGAGAAGGGUAUCGAUGUGCUCGAGCGCCUGUCCAUCACCAGGAUCGCCGAACCGCCCAAAAACGACGAUGAGGAGGAGGACAGACUGAUCCAUGGCUUCGACGAUUUCCAGCCAGAGACGCGCGAGGCGCUGACUGGCCUGGUAGACGCCAUCAUCCGCGACUACGUCAAGUGGUGGUACUCACCUAUCCUUCCCUCCGACCGCUCGUUCCCGUUAUCCUGCCGGAAGCUCCUCAACUCCUUCCUCCUCUCCGUCUCGAACCACCUUUACCGCAAGCGACCCGCCGACUCGUUCCUCGACUUCAUGACCAACGCUUCGUCCAUGUUCAUCGUAUUUCUGUCCGAGCUGUCUUCCGCCUUUACCGAACAAAGUAACGAACCCGGCGCGUCCGCUCCCGAGGUCAUCUCCAAGUAUCUCGAGGAGAACCCGAACUCGAGCCUGGCCAACCUCAUCAGCCACCCGCAACAAGCCGCCAAGUUCCGCAAUGUUGCAGAUGACCUCCUCGGAUACCUCGACCGCACAGCUUACAAUUGCGACCCUGCACGGGUCUUUCUGCGAGAAAUCUUGGCGGGCGUGAUACUGGAGAUGACUCUGCAGUCAUGCUCCAAGCCGGAGUGGAUCAACGGCUGGAUCGUCUACCUACUGGAAGCGGGCGAGCCCGACUUCAGUCAAGCGAUCGACGUUGGAAUGCAGACUGGCCCCGACGCCGCUGCGAAGGAAACGAAUGCUGCCGCCAACAACGCCUUCGUCGACAUUGACGGAAACCUCGGCAACAUCGCUUUGACCAAAGGAAACCGAAGCUCCCUCGAUAUGGAGAGAGCACGUCGCAAGGAGUCUUCGUCUCACAAGAAGCAGCUUAGCAUGGCAGAUGAAGAGAUGGAGGCUAUUGAGGAGAUGAAGCGCAUGAAUGCAUUGAUUGCAGAGGAGGAGUCUAAGAGACAGUCCCGCCAGAGCAUCGGCGCGACGCCCGAGACUGUUGUGCAGAUUCCGGGUGGCAAGAUCGUCCAUUCGCCGGGAGAAUUGUCACCAAGGUCUGAGAAGCCAUCCACACAUGCGUCGAAUGGCUCGAACGGGUCCAACAAGGACGGCAGUCUGCACUCGCCCAUCACCCCCAAAUCCAGCGUGGAGCCGACCAGCCGAAACCACUCGCCCAAGCAUGCCGCCAGCAGCAGCACGGCGUCCCAAUCUCAAUUCCUGAGUUUCGACCAGAUCGUACCUCCCGGCAAAGAGGAUCCGGACUCGUCGGAUGAAGGCCCUCGCAAACCGCCCUUGACACUGCACAACGCCAACAUCAUCCUCCACGACGACGCCCCUAACGACAGCAGUCGGAUUCGGAGCAAGCCCACUUGGGACUAUCUGGUUCAGAUUGAGCCAGCUUCGCAUCACUACUCGGGCUGGAUGAUUGUCAGGCGCUACGCUGACUUUGAGACUCUGCAUGAGAUCAUCAGAAGAAUCGCUACAAUUACAGGCGCAACGGCAUUUACAGAACAGCAUGCGGAGCUUCCUAACUGGAAAUCCCAUACCAGAGCCUCACUGCGUGGAGAGUUAGAGCGCUAUGUAAAAGACGCUUGCUGGUACCAAUCUCUUGCUGAGAGCGAGGGUAUGAAGCGCUUCUUGGAGAAGGAGAAUGGACUUGGGCACGGUCACAGCAACUCAAAGUCUGGUUUGGCCUGGGAUACUGUUGGCAAGAAUAUGUUGGACGUCCUGACCAUGGGCCCCAAGGGUGUCGCAGAGGGAGGCAAGGCUGUCUUUGGUGGCGUGACUGGUGUGUUCAGCAACAUUGGUCUUGGCGCGAGAAAGAAUACUGCAUCCUCUUUGUCAGACAUUCAGACGAGCCAGAUUCAGACAAACAACCGAUGGUCAACAGGCACGCCGCCCAGGAUGGACAGCACCACCAGUCUGAACGCAGCCCUGGCAUCACCCGUUGGAAGCGGACCUAGGAAGCCCAGAGACAGUCUUGACAGCCAAAGAUCCUCAAUUGUGUCAACACAACCUGGCAAGGUCGCCCCUAUGGAGAGGAGGCCCAGCUUCGACCCCAGAGGCGAUUCUGAGGCAGACAGCCUGAAGCCUCGGUCCGACCGUUGGGAGAGGAAUACGCCGAGCGCCACGGGUAGUCGCGAACAUAGUAGAGCUUCUAGCCUGGCACCUCUGCAAUCUCCUCCUCUGCGAUCGCCAUCUUCGACAAGCCUGGAUGUCAUGCACAUUCAGCACCUGCCUCCGCCGCCCGAUGAGAUGCCUGAAGAUUGGGAGUCACCUACUCAGGGCGACAUGCAGUCCAAGAUGAACGAGGCUACCCAACCUCGCAAUAGCACUGGGGCUGCUUCACCUGGCUCGCAGACCAAGAAGGAGUCCAAGCCCGCCAGGCAGCACUCUCCCUUGUCAGAGCAGGAAGCAAACGUGGCUGUAGAGCUGGUCUUCGCCAUUAUUAAUGAGAUGUACACGCUUUCAUCCGCGUGGAACAUUCGCAGAACGCUCUUGGCGGCUGCGAAGUCGUUCCUACUACGGCCCGGAAACCCAUCCCUGCUUUCCAUCCAGAAGAUGAUGCAGGAGUCGGUCAUCGACGCCAACACGAACGACACUGGACUCGGCUACCACCUGCGCAAGCUGCGGGAGAACACGAUGCCGACGGACGAAGAGCGGGCGGCAUGGCCCGCCGAAAUGACGGAUGAAGAGAAGGAUAAGCUGCGCGUCAAGGCGCGCAACCUGUUGAUUAAACGCGGUGUUCCGGCUGCUUUGACUGGCGUUAUGGGACAGGCGGCCACGACGGACGCCCUGGGGCGCAUCUUCGACAGCCUCCAGAUUGAGGAGGUGGCGCGCGGCCUGAUGUUUGGCAUGAUGCAUCAGGCCGUCAGAGUCGUGACCCAUUAA